UGGCGAGGAUGUUGCACGUUUCCGGACGAGAUGAGGAGAGAGAAAGAGAGCGGAUGGGGACGGGCUCUCCGACGCCGGUAAUGCAGCGGAUCUGAAGGAGGAGGAAGAGGGUCUGCUGAUGAUGACUUGAUGGAAGUGGGAGGAGACCAUUCUCGCAUUGAUUGCUUGCUUGCUUGCCUUGGUUACUGGGUUCCUGGCGCACGCACACAAGGGUGUGGGGACUGUUGCAUGAUUGAUGUGAUGGGAUCGAGCGAGGCGAGGGAAAGAGAGCAAGACGAGGCGAGAGCACGUCGGCUACCUACUGGCGCCUGCUUUGGCCUUUGCCCUGCUCGCGCAGUUUUAACACUUAAUGCCUAAUACUACCAAUCACAAAGCCUACGAUGUGUGUAAAAUUGGGGCUUUGACUUUGCAA